AUGUCAUUAUCUCCUUCCUCGAUAGUAGAUAAUUUCUCAACAGCAGGUAAUUCUAAUUCAGUCUCCAACUUGAGUGGCUCUUCUAUUUCUGAUCAGAUGACGAUAUUCCCCGGAUCCAGCUUCUUCAAGAAGAAUCGCGCAUCUACUCUUCCUACUCCAGCGGAGGUCAGAGCCCGCAAUGAGAAGACAGGCAAUCCCCGUGCCAAAUACUUCGAUCGCCCAUCGCCCGUCAUUUUUUCGUCGCUGGGAUUGCUUGUUAAGUACGGAGGUAAUGUCACAGUUAUAGAGGCUCAGACUCAGAUGAUGGUUCGCGAGAGUCUGCAAGACAAAGUCCCCAUUCCCGAAGUUUUUGGCUGGACCAAGGACGGUGAUCAGACGUUCAUUUACAUGUCCUUUAUAGAGGGAGUGACUUUGCAAGAUAGGUGGCCUACUAUGGAAAAAGAUGAGAAAGAUGCCGUUUGUAAGCAACUCAAUCAAAUCAUGAAGGCAUUGCGGACUUUAAAGCAAGAUGAUCAUGAUCCCUAUAUUGGCAGCUUAGGCAAACAACCGCUGAACGAGAUAAUUAUUCGUUCUCGGCCAGAGCUCGCUGGGCCGUACUAUGGGGCAAAUGCUGUCCAGCAAUUUCAAGACGCUUGCGGGAUCAAUAUUGAUGUCAAAGCACGUAUUGUGUUCACACAUAAUGACCUAGCCCCACCCAACAUCAUCUUGGCGUCAGGACCAAACCCGAAAGUGGCAGCAAUCAUUGACUUUGGCCAGGCUGGGUGGCUUCCCGCGUACUGGGAAUAUUGUAAGGCGAAAUGGGUGAGGAUCGAUCCGAGACAUUUCAGUGAUGAUGCUCAGGAGGAAUUGCAUACGGAAUAUCUCCCGAAAAUUUUGAAUCGGGUGGAUGAUAAGACGCAUUAUCACCCUUGGUUUUAUUUCGCCUUAUCCAAUGGUUGCUAA